UGAGCUCCAGAGCGUCGGCUCCCACAGAGACCAGCAGAAGAGCGUGAGAACAUGAAGUCCAAUGCUGCCGUCCAAGCCGCCAUCGACCUGACAGCGGGCGCGGUCGGGGGCACGGCUUGUGUCCUGACCGGGCAGCCUUUCGACACAGUGAAAGUGAAGAUGCAGACGUUCCCCGGCCUGUACAAGGGCCUCACCGACUGCUGCCUGAAAACGUACUCCCAAGUGGGCCUGCGGGGCUUCUACAAAGGAACCGGCCCUGCGCUGAUGGCCUACGUCGCCGAGAACUCUGUCCUCUUCAUGUGCUACGGCUUCUGCCAAGAGCUUGUGAGGAAAGUGGUUGGACUGGACACGCAGGCGAGGCUGAGUGAUCUGCAGACGGCAGCUGCGGGUUCCUUCGCCUCCGCGUUUGCUGCGCUGGCCCUGUGCCCCACUGAGCUUGUCAAGUGCCGCCUGCAGACCAUGUACGAAAUGGAGAUGUCCGGGAAAAUAGCAAAAAGCCAAAAUACAAUCUGGUCCGUCGUGAAGAGUAUCCUUAGAAAGGAAGGCCCCUUGGGCUUCUACCAAGGACUCUCGAGCACUCUUCUUCAAGAAGUACCGGGCUAUUUCUUCUUCUUCGGUGGCUAUGAACUGAGUAGAUCAUUUUUUGCCUCGGGGAGAUCAAAAGAUGAACUAGGCCCUGUCCCUUUGAUGUUAAGUGGUGGAAUUGCUGGAAUUUGUCUUUGGCUUGUCAUCUACCCAGUGGAUUGUAUCAAAUCCAGAAUUCAGGUUCUUUCCAUGUCUGGAAAACAGGCUGGAUUUCUGGGAACUCUUAUAAGUAUUGUGAAAAAUGAAGGAACAGCAGCCUUAUAUUCUGGACUGACCGCUACUAUGAUUCGAGCAUUCCCUGCCAAUGGGUCACUAUUUUUGGCUUAUGAAUAUAGCAGGAGAAUGAUGAUGAGCCAGGUUGAAGCAUACUGAAGUGUCUUGGUGAACUGGAUCCAAGUAAAGGCCUUAGAGGACUACAGUUUAUCUCAGGUUUCAUGGAGUCCUGGACCAAUGUGGAGUUAUUUUUUACUUCAUGGGAAUUUUUUGUCUUCCCUUCUUCUACUCUAAACUUCACAGAAGAACUUCUAUUUUACAUCAUAUGAUUUCUACCCAUAAUUGUAUUAAAACAAAGAUGGCUGCUCUUGUGUUUGGUGGGAUAUACAUAGUGAGUGGGUGGCCUAUGACCCUGAUCUGAAAUGGCAAAUAUAGUUAUAUCACGGCUUUGGUAUAAAGCUGUACAUGUACAUGCAGUUUAGUCGGUUACCUGUCGUGAGUAAAACAGUUUGGUUUCAUGUUUAAUCUCGUAUCACCAGAAAGAGUUAACCAUGUUUCGUGAAGAUGGUCAUAAAUUAUGGCUUAACCCAUUUGAGAUGUAGGGUGUCUUUAAAACUCUACUUAACAUGUUCACUAUACUAGGCAAUUAAAGU